UGCACCUCGCCGCGCUCACCAGCCUUGCCGGAAAUCGGAACGGAAUUGUCGCCGGAAAUCAGUGGGAAGGUAAAAUGGGAAAUUGCCAGGCAGCUGAGGCGGCCACCGUAAUCAUCCAGCACCCGAGCGGCCGGAUCCAGCGCGUCUACUGGUCGGUGAGUGCGGCCGAGAUCAUGAACGACAACCCCGGCCACUACGUCGCUUCCCUUGCCGUGUGCUUCUCCGACUCGCCGACUCCCGGCACCGGCGUCACGCGAGUGAAGCUUCUCAGGCCCCAGGACACGCUUCACUUGGGCAGGAUCUAUCGCCUCAUCAACUCACAAGAUAUCAUGAAAGAGUUGUGGGAAAAGUAUGGGAAGACUAAGCUGAAACACAGGAAUGUUGUCGAGAAGGAUAUGAGACGUUCUUCCUCAAGACCACAGUCACAUUCACAGAAGAGAGAUCAGCAGCAAGAACAAGACGGGAGAAGGAGCAGGAGCUCACAGUCUACUCCACGGCCGGGACAAUGGCGACCAUCAUUACAAAGCAUAUCUGAGGUUGAUUUCCCAUGCAGGAUUGAGCCGUGCAGAGUCAACAAGCACAAGCAGCUCACAUACUCCCAGUCAACAACAGAGUUCCAUGCUUAUUGAUAAGCAUGCAUCCUUGUACAUAGAGAAAAGCAAGAGUUUCCUGAAUAUGUAAUAAAAUGAGCAAUUCAAGAACGUAAUUCUGUUCA